UUCCCCCCACCAUGAAGGCACAUUUCCUUCCUAGUCUUUGCUUCUCUUAUCUGGGAGAUUUUUUUUCCCCCCAAGCAAAGCAUGAACAGUUGUUAAGUGGAAAAUGGAGGCUGAAUUUUACAUGGCGAUUCUUACCUGCUUAAUCUUUGGGAAUUCAGAGGGGUUUCAGAUUGUCCAUGUCCAUAAACAAGAGUGCCUUUCCAAAAAUAAGAGAGUGGUGGUGGGUUUGUGCAAUGGGACCAGCCAGAACCAGCAGUGGAUGUGGACUGAGGAUGGAAAACUCCUUCAUGUUAAAUCUGCUCUGUGCCUGGGCAUCUCCAGCUCUUCUCGUGGCCCUUCCCUACCAGCUGUCUCUACCCACUGCUACCAGGCACCCCGAUGGACUUGCCAUGAGCAGGAAGGGUUCCUUGAGGUGGAAAAUACCUCUCUCUUUCUCAAGAAACAAGGCUCCAAGGUAGUGGUCAAGAAGGACAGGAAAUACCUCCAUAGCUGGAUGAAAAUUGAUGUCAACAAGGAGGGAAAACCAGUGAAUGGAAGCCUGUGCUUAAAAAAAGCUGGCCUGGGAGCAGAAGUUUCGGUAAGGAGCGCUAGAAACACGGCUCCACCCCAAAUCCCCACCACUUUUAAUGCAGUUCCAUAUAGCCCGGAACACCUUAUUAGGAAUACCACAGAGGCCUUCACCAGAAGUACAACAGAACACGACAGCCGCCACAGCAGACAGACACAGCACCCCAGUCUGCAGACGACUGGAAUGACUGAGACAUCUUGGGUCCCCUGGACUACUCGGCCCUUCUCCAGCACCACUGAAGAGGCUGGACUGGGGGAGCCAGUGAGAUGUAACGUCACCCUGACAGAGUCCAAGGUCUCCAGCCGGUCCGUGUCUCUCCAGUGGAGAACUUUGGGGUCACCCUGUAACUUCAGCCUCAUCUAUAGCAGUGACAUGUCAGGGGUCGCAUUGUGCCACCCCACGCGGAUAGACAACAUCACCUAUGGAUGUUACCCCAAGGAUUUACAAGCGGGAACCAUCUAUAACUUCAGGAUUGUGUCUCUGGAUAGAGAAGAGAAAACUGUAGUCUUGCAAACAGAUCCUUUACCUCCUGCUAAGUUUGAAGUCAAUAAAGAGAAGACUACUUCAACCAGUCUGCAUGUUUGGUGGACUCCUUCUUCUGGAAAAGUCACCCGCUAUGAGUUGGAGUUAUUUGACAAUAGCCACAAGGUACAGGAGACCCAAAUUCAAGAAAGUACUUCCUGGAAUGAACAUACAUUUUUUAACCUCACUGCUGGUAAUAAAUACAAUAUUGCCAUCACAGCUGUUUCUGGAGAGAAACGUUCCCUUACAGUUUACACCAAUGGAUCAACAGUGCCGUCUCCAGUGAAAGAUAUCAGUAUUUCAGCCAAAACCAAUUCUCUCUUGAUUUCCUGGUCCCAUGGCUCUGGGAAUGUGGAAAGAUACCAGCUGACGCUCAUGGAUAAAGAGACCCUAGUUCAUGGCAGUGUUGUGGACAGACAUGCUACUUCUCAUACUUUCCACGGACUGACACCUGGCCACCUCUAUAACCUGACCAUUGUGACUGAGGCUGCAGGGCUGCAAAACUACAGAUGGGCACUGGCCAGGACGACCCCCAUGGAAGUCUCAAAUCUGAAGGUGACAAAUGAUGGCACUAUGACCUCUCUAAAAGUCAAGUGGCAAAGACCUUCUGGAAAUGUGGAUUCCUACAACAUUACCCUGUUUCACAAAGGGGCUAUCAAAGAAUCCAGAACACUAGGACCCCGGGUUACUGAAACUCAAUUCAAAGACUUAACCCCUGGAAGACUUUACCAAGUUACUAUCAGCUGUGUCUCCGGUGAAUUGUCUGCUCAGAAGAUGGCAGUGGGCAGAACAGUUCCAGAGAAAGUUGGGAACCUGGAAGCAAACAGCAAUGGUUCGAUAAGGUCCCUACUAGUGAGCUGGUCGCCCCCUGCUGGAGACUGGGAGCAGUAUCGUAUCCUGCUCUUCAAUGAUUCUGUGGUGCUGCUCAACAUCACGGUGGGAAAGGAGGAAACACACUAUGUCAUAGAUGACUUGGGGCUCAUACCAGGAAGACAGUAUGAGGUAGAAGUCACUGUUGAGAGUGGAAAUCUGAAGAAUUCUAAGCGUUGCUAUGGCAGGACAGCGCCCCUGGCUGUCCUCCAGCUUCGUGUCAAACAUGCCAACGAAACCUCACUGGGUGUCAUGUGGCAGACGCCCAUAGCAGAAUGGGAGAAAUACAUCAUUUCACUAGCUGACAGAGACCUCUUACUCAUCCACAAGUCACUCCCCAAAGAUGCCAAAGAAUUCACUUUUACUGACCUGGUGCCUGGACGAAAAUACAUAGCUACAGUCACCAGUAUUAGUGGAGACUUAAAAAAUUCAUCUUCGACUAAAGGAAGAACAGUGCCUGCCCAAGUGACUGGCUUGUAUGUGGCCAACCAAGGGACAACCAGCAGUCUGUUUACUAACUGGACCCAGGCACUGGGAGACGUAGAGUUCUACCAAGUCUUACUGAUCCAUGAAAACGUGGUCAUCAAAAACGAAAGUGUCUCCAGUGAGACCAGCAGAUACAGCUUCCACUCCCUCAAAUCAGGCAGUCUCUACUCUGUGGUUGUAACAACAGUAAGCGGAGGAAUCUCAUCCCGACAAGUGGUGGUGGAGGGAAGGACAGUCCCAUCCAGUGUGAGUGGAGUGACGGUGAACAAUUCUGGUCGGAACGACUACCUGAGCAUCUCCUGGCUGCCGGCUCCCGGAGAUGUAGAUAACUAUGUGGUGACCCUCUCUCAUGGCAGCAGGGUAAUUCAGUCCCUCAUCAUUGCCAAGUCUAUCAGCGAAUGUUCCUUCAGCUCCCUUACUCCAGGCCGCCUCUACAAUGUGACCAUAACUACAAGGAGUGGCAAGUAUGAAAACCAUUCCUUCAGCCAGGAGCGAACAGUGCCUGACAAGGUCCAGGGAGUCAGUGUUAGCAACUCAGCCAGGAGCGACUAUUUAAAGGUAUCCUGGCUACAUGCUACUGGAGAUUUUGAUCACUAUGAAGUCACCAUUAAAAACAAAAACAACUUCAUUCAAACCAAAAGCAUUCCCAAGGCUGAAAACGAGUGUGUAUUUGUUAAGUUAGUCCCUGGACGGUUGUACAGUGUUACUGUUAGUACAAGAAGUGGACAAUAUGAAGCCAGUGAACAAGGGAAUGGAAGAACAAUCCCAGAGCCCGUUAGGGAUCUAACAUUGCGGAAUAGGAGCACUGAGGACCUUCUGGUGACUUGGUCACGAGCUGACGGGGAUGUUGACCAAUAUGAGAUCCAACUGCUGUUCAAUGAUAUGAAAGUAUUUCCACCUUUUCACCUUGUAAAUACUGCAACUGAGUAUCGAUUCACCUCCCUGACCCCAGGGCGCCAGUAUAAAAUCCUUGUCUUGACCAUCAGUGGAGAUGUACAGCAGUCAGCCUUCAUUGAGGGCUUCACAGUUCCAAGCACUGUCAAAAAUAUUCACAUUUCUUCCAAUGGGGCGACAGACAGCCUGACAGUCAACUGGACUCCUGGUGGGGGCGAUGUUGAUUCUUACACCGUGUCAGCGUUCAGGCAGAAUCAAAAGGUUGAGUCUCAGACUAUCUCCAAGCACGUCUCUGAGCACACAUUCCAUAGACUGGUGGCCGGGGAACAGUACCAGAUUGUGAUUGCCUCGGUCAGUGGGUCCCUAAGGAACCAGAUAGAUGCCGUUGGGCGGACAGUUCCAGCAUCUGUCCAGGGAAUAGUUGCAAACAACGCAUACAGCAGUCAUUCCUUAACCGUAAGUUGGCAAAAGGCUGUUGGUGUGGCAGAAAGAUACGAGAUCCUGCUUCUAAAUGAAAAUGGGAUCCUUCUGAGUAACACGUCAGAGCCAGCCUCCACCACGCAGCACAAAUUUGAAGACCUAACACCGGGAACAAAGUACAAGAUUUGGAUCUUAACUGUCAGUGGAGGUCUCUUCAGCAAAGAAGCCCAAACUGAAGGCCGAACAGUCCCAGCAGCUGUCACCAAUCUGAGGAUCGUAGAGAACUCCACCAGACACCUGACCUUAAGCUGGACCACCUCGGAAGGGGAACUCAACGGGUACAACAUCUUUCUGUAUAACCCAGAUGGAACGCUUCAGGAGAGAGCUCAAGUCAACCCACGAAUCCAGAGUAUCUCUUUCCAGAACCUGCUGCAAGGCCGAAUGUACAAAAUGGUGAUAGUAACUCACAGUGGGGAGCUGUCUAAUGAGUCUUUCAUAUUCGGUAGAACAGUCCCAGCUUCUGUGAGUAACCUCCGGGGAUCCAAUCGGAACAUGACAGACAGUCUCUGGUUCAGCUGGAGUCCAGCCUCUGGGGACUUCGAUUUUUAUGAGCUGAUUCUGUACAACCCCAAUGGCACGAAGAAGGAAAACUGGAAAGACAAGAACCUGACAGAGUGGCGUUUCCAUGGCCUCAUUCCUGGAAGGAAGUACACGCUGUGUGUGGUAACUCACAGCGGGGACCUCAGGAACAAGCUCAUGGGGGAGAGCAGAACAGCCCCAAGUCCUCCCAGUCUUAUCUCAUUUGCUGAUGUUACAAACACAUCCUUGGCCAUCACCUGGAAGGGGCCACCAGACUGGACAGACUACGAUGACUUUGAGCUACAGUGGUUCCCCAGAGAUGCCAUCACGGUCUUCAACCCCUACAGCAAUAGAAAAUCGGAAGGACGCAUUGUGUAUGGUCUUCGUCCAGGGAGAUCCUAUCAGUUUAGUGUCAAGACUAUCAGCGGUGAUUCCUGGAAAACCUAUAGCAAACCAGUAUCUGGAUCAGUGAGGACAAAGCCAGAUAAGAUACAAAACCUGCAUUGCAGGCCUCAGAACUCCACAGCCAUCGCCUGUUCUUGGAUCCCUCCUGAUUCUGAUUUUGAUGGGUAUAGCAUUGAAUGUCGGAAAAUGGACACUCAAGAAGUUGAAUUUUCCAGAAAGCUGGAGAAAGAAAAAUCUCUGCUCAACAUCAUGAUGCUGGUGCCCCAUAAGAGGUACCUGGUGUCCAUCAAGGUGCAGUCGGCUGGCAUGACCAGCGAGGUGGUUGAAGACAGCACUAUCACAAUGAUAGACCGGCCCCCUCCUCCACCUCCACAUAUCCGUGUGAAUAAAAAGGAUGUGCUAAUUAGCAAAUCUUCCAUCAACUUCACUUUCAACUGCAGCUGGUUCAGCGACACCAAUGGAGCUGUGAAAUACUUCACAGUGGUAGUGAGAGAGGCUGAUGGCAGUGAUGAGCUGAAGCCAGAACAACAGCACCCUCUGCCCUCCUACCUAGAAUACAGGCACAAUGCCUCCAUCCGAAUGUAUCAGACCGAUUACUUUGCCAGCAAAUGUGCCGAAAGUCCCGACAGCAACUCCAAGAGUUUUAACAUUAAGCUUGGAGCAGAGAUGGAGAGCCUGGGUGGAAAAUGCGAUCCCAAUCAGCAAAAAUUUUGUGACGGACCACUGAAGCCGCGCACUGCCUACAGGUUAGAUGUAUUGUUUUGCAAGAAGGGACAUGCUGCACUACUGGGUCCUUACCAGUGUGGCCAUCGUUUGAAUUCUUCCGUAAUAAUGUCCCUAGGGAGACAGGAUUUCAGUAGCUGGCUUCCUGGUUCUUUAGCACUAAUUUUCCUACCUGGGUUUGUUAUUUCCUUCUGGAUUAUUGUAGAGCCUUUAUUUGGAGUUAUUGAAGGUGUGAGUGCCGGUCUGUUCUUAAUUGGCAUGCUGGUGGCCAUUGUUGCCUUAUUCAUCUGCAGACAGAAAGCUAGCCUUGGUCGAGAAAGGCCCUCUGCCCGCCUGAGCAUUCGCCGGGAUCGACCAUUAUCUGUCCACUUGAACCUGGGCCAGAAAGGUAACCGGAAAACGUCUUGCCCAAUAAUAAUAAAUCAGUUCGAAGGGCACUUCAUGAAGCUGCAAGCUGAUUCCAACUACCUUCUAUCCAAGGAAUACGAGGACUUGAAAGACGUGGGUCGAAACCAAUCAUGUGACAUUGCACUCUUGCCGGAGAACAGAGGGAAAAAUCGAUACAACAAUAUAUUGCCCUAUGAUGCCUCUCGAGUGAAGCUGUCCAAUGUAGAUGAUGACCCGUGCUCAGACUACAUCAAUGCCAGCUACAUCCCUGGCAACAACUUCAGAAGAGAAUACAUUGCUACUCAGGGACCUCUUCCUGGCACCAAGGAUGACUUCUGGAAAAUGGCGUGGGAACAGAAUGUUCACAACAUCGUCAUGGUGACCCAGUGUGUGGAGAAGGGCAGGGUAAAGUGUGACCAUUACUGGCCAGCAGACCAGGAUUCCCUCUACUAUGGGGACCUCAUCCUGCAGAUGCUCUCAGAGUCUGUGCUGCCUGAGUGGACCAUCCGGGAAUUUAGGAUAUGCAGCGAGGAACAGCUCGAUGCACACAGACUCAUCCGCCACUUUCACUACACAGUGUGGCCAGACCACGGGGUCCCAGAAACCACCCAGUCCCUGAUCCAGUUCGUGAGAACCGUCAGGGAUUACAUCAGCAGAAGCCCCGGUGCCGGGCCCACCGUGGUGCACUGCAGUGCCGGUGUGGGUAGGACUGGAACCUUUAUCGCAUUGGACAGAAUCCUCCAGCAAUUAGACUCCAAAGACUCUGUGGACAUUUAUGGAGCGGUGCACGACCUAAGACUUCACAGGGUUCACAUGGUCCAGACGGAGUGUCAGUACUUAUACCUACAUCAGUGCAUAAGAGAUGUCCUCAGAGCAAGGAAGCUACGGAGUGAACAAGAAAACCCCUUGUUUCCAAUCUACGAAAAUGUGAAUCCCGAGUAUCACAGAGACACGGGCUAUUCAAGGCAUUGAGAAUGUAUCUGAAGAUCUCUUGGAUAAAAACUAUGCACUGUGUGAUUUUUUAAAAAAUUUGCUUCAUGCCCUACAGAGGUGCCAGCUAU